GGGCGUUCUGGCGCUGCGGUCCCGCGCUUCCCGAGAGCAGGCCGCGCGCGGACCGGACCGGACCGGACCGGACGGGGCGGGGCGGGACAGCUUCUGCCGCCCGCUGCGGCGCCUGGCUCCGCGGCCGAGCUUCGGUCCUGCAGCCCCGCCUGAGCCAUGUUUUUCACCUGUGGCCCCAACGAGGCCAUGGUGGUCUCCGGUUUCUGCCGGAGCCCGCCCGUCAUGGUGGCCGGCGGCCGCGUCUUUGUGCUGCCCUGCAUCCAGAAGAUCCAGAGGAUCUCCCUCAACACCCUGACUCUCAACGUCAAGAGCGAGAAGGUGUACACGCGCCACGGGGUGCCCAUCUCGGUCACCGGCAUCGCCCAGGUGAAGAUUCAGGGGCAGAACAAGGAGAUGCUGGCGGCUGCCUGCCAGAUGUUCCUGGGGAAGACCGAGGCCGAGAUCGCACACAUCGCCCUGGAGACGCUGGAGGGCCACCAGAGGGCCAUCAUGGCGCACAUGACGGUGGAGGAGAUCUACAAGGACAGGCAGAAGUUCUCAGAGCAGGUCUUCAAAGUCGCCUCCUCCGACCUGGUCAACAUGGGCAUCAGCGUGGUGAGCUACACGCUGAAGGACAUCCACGACGACCAGGACUAUUUGCACUCUUUGGGGAAAGCUCGGACGGCGCAAGUCCAAAAAGACGCUCGGAUUGGAGAAGCUGAGGCCAAGAGGGAUGCUGGAAUACGGGAGGCCAAGGCCAAGCAGGAAAAGGUCUCUGCUCAGUACCUGAGUGAGAUCGAAAUGGCCAAGGCACAGAGGGACUACGAAUUGAAGAAGGCUGCCUACGACAUCGAGGUCAACACGCGCCGUGCACAAGCUGAUCUAGCCUAUCAGCUCCAGGUGGCCAAGACCAAGCAGCAGAUCGAGGAGCAGCGCGUGCAGGUGCAAGUGGUGGAGCGCGCCCAGCAGGUGGCGCUGCAGGAGCAGGAGAUCGCUCGCCGCGAGAAGGAGCUGGAAGCCCGGGUGCGCAAGCCCGCCGAGGCCGAGCGCUACCGGCUGGAGCGCCUCGCUGAGGCCGAGAGGUCCCAGCUGAUCAUGCAGGCGGAGGCCGAAGCAGAGGCGGUGCGGAUGCGCGGGGAAGCCGAGGCCUUCGCCAUCGGGGCGCGCGCUCGCGCUGAGGCCGAGCAGAUGGCCAAGAAGGCAGAGGCCUUCCAGCUGUACCAGGAGGCUGCGCAGCUGGACAUGCUGCUGGAGAAGCUACCCCAGGUGGCAGAAGAGAUCAGCACCCCCCUGACUUCGGCCAAGAAGAUCACCCUAGUGUCCAGCGGGAGCGGGACCAUGGGGGCAGCCAAGGUGACUGGAGAGGUGCUGGACAUCCUGAGCCGCCUGCCCGAGAGCGUGGAGAGACUCACCGGCGUCAGCAUCGCCCAGGUGAACAGUAAGCCGUUGAGGACCUCCUGAGCCCCUGGCGGUGACCCUGCGGGGCUCAGUGCCUGAGGGGCCCCACAGCUGCACGUACCCCAGUGACCUCCCUUAGCAUGUCGUCUGAAAGUGGGGUCCCUUGUCGCCCCUUGCCACACAGCUUGUGCCUUGCCUGGGUUGGGGCUGCCCCCACUACCAGAUUGCCCCAGUGUAAGCUCCUGCCUGAACCUGAGGGGCCCUGCCCUCUGGGGUCUCCCUCAACGGGAGGCCUGCGUGGAGGUGCCUGCCAAAUAAACCACUGUCAGCAAGUUC